GGCUCUCGGUUUCUAUCCUCCAAACCAUGUGACACUUUUUAACAAAUCCUUGCCUUUUUCCGGACUCUUCCCAUUAUUAUUAACUCACGCCUCCCUCUCUCUCUCUCUCUCUCUCUCGCAAAUAUUUAUUUUUUAUGAUAAAUUCUGUGUGCAUGCCAGAACGGUUGUAGAAGCAGAGUCACGGAGGGAAAGUUAGUCAGAUGAAUGAAAAAGGGGAGCCAAUAAUUCUGAGGAAAAAAAAGUAGAGGAUGAAUGAUCCUACCCAUCUUGAAUCGGAGUACUCUGAGUUUGUUGAAGUUGAUCCAACUGGCAGAUAUGGCAGAUACAAUGAAAUCCUCGGCAAAGGAGCUUCAAAGACAGUUUACAGGGCAUUUGAUGAGUAUGAAGGCAUUGAAGUUGCUUGGAACCAGGUUAAGCUUUAUGAUUUCCUGCAAAGCCCUGAGGAUCUUGAAAGACUCUAUUGUGAGAUUCAUCUCCUUAAGACACUGAAGCACCAGAACAUUAUGAAAUUUUACACUUCUUGGGUUGAUACUGCAAAUAGGAACAUCAACUUUGUUACAGAAAUGUUCACUUCCGGGACUCUGAGGCAGUAUAGACUGAAGCACAAGAGAGUUAACAUUAGGGCAAUAAAGCACUGGUGUAGGCAGAUCUUGAGUGGGCUUCUCUAUCUUCAUGGCCGAGAACCUCCAGUGAUCCACAGAGAUCUCAAGUGUGACAAUAUCUUUGUUAAUGGGAACCAAGGGGAAGUUAAGAUUGGCGAUCUUGGUCUUGCCGCAAUUCUCCGUAAAUCACAUGCGGCUCGAUGUGUUGGUACUCCAGAGUUCAUGGCUCCGGAAGUUUAUGAGGAGGCUUACAAUGAGUUAGUUGACAUUUACUCUUUUGGGAUGUGCGUCUUGGAAAUGGUCACUUUUGAAUAUCCGUAUAGUGAAUGCACUCAUUCUGCCCAGAUUUACAAGAAAGUUACUUCUGGGAAAAAACCAGAGGCUUUAUACAAAGUGAAGGAUCCGGAAGUGCGAAAAUUUGUGGAAAAAUGCUUGGCAACUGUAUCUCUAAGGCUUUCUGCAAGGGAGCUUCUGGAUGACCCUUUUCUCCAGAUAGAUGAUUGUGAAUAUGAUUUGAGACCCGGAGGUUACGGUGGAGAACUAGAUGAGACUGGUUCCCUUGCAAGGCAGCCGUUCCUCGAACAUAAUUGCAGUAAUAGCAUAUAUAGUAAUGGAUACACAAAUGGUUAUGAUUUUGAAGCUGAAAAUGAAUGGGGCUAUCAUCCAGUUGAGAUUGAACCAAAUGGAAUUGAACUUUUUGAGUACCACGAUGAUGAACAUUCUGAAGACGUUGACAUAAGUAUCAAAGGGAAAAUGAGAGAAGAUGGUGGCAUCUUUUUAAGACUUAGAAUUUCAGAUAAAGAAGGCCGUAUCCGAAACAUUUAUUUCCCAUUCGACAUUGAGACAGAUACAGCAUUGAGCGUAGCAACUGAAAUGGUUUCGGAACUGGAUAUUACCGAUCAGGAUGUGACCAGAAUAGCAGACAUGAUCGAUGGGGAAAUAGCUUGCUUGAUACCUGAAUGGAGGACCGGGCCAGGAAUUGAGGAAUUUGCUAAUCAAAACUUCUGUCACAAUUGUGCUUCCAAACAUACCUCUAGCGGCUCCCUCAUGGAUAUCCUGUCAAAUAACCUAGGCAUAAAGAACUUGCUUCUUCAAUGCUGUAGACAGGGAUGUGCUGCUAUGCAUGGCCGGUUCGAGGAGGUUACAUUCCAAGCUGAGGAGUCUGAGCAUCAUGUGACAGAGGGUGCACUGAAUGUAUCAAGCCAAUCAGACUGUUUGCAUUAUCAUGAUAUCUGGGGUCAGCAUGACAGCCCCGCACUUAGUUCAGUUGGCUCUGGACAGGGCCACUCUGAAGAAUACGAUAAACCAGAGCAAUCGGUAUCAGCCGAGGAUGAGACUGAGGGUAAUGUGAAUAAUAAUAAUCCAUCCAAAGCUGGAAACUCGACUCUAAAUUUCUCAGGUUCCCAUUCUUUUUUAUUGAAGCCGUCCUUGUAUAGUAACUUAUCAGAAAGUUAUGAGGAAGAAACUGAGCAGGAAUUGAGAUGGCUCAAAGCAAAGUACCAGUUAGAGUUGAGGGAACUCAGGGAUCAACAGUUAGGACUUGCAUCAAAAUCAUUAAUUUGUGGAAAUGGAGAAAACAAAAUAGAUAAUGGUCUUUUGGCAUCUUUAGUCUCCAAAACACUACCAGGGGAUAACAAUGAAACUCCCAUGAAGUCUUCUGCUUAUGAUGGUCAUCUUAGUUCCAAUCGCAGUGCUCAUGUCAAUAAGAGCUGCCCCGAUUUAGGAACCCAAAGAGCCAGGAGUUGUCAGGGCACGAAGGAUUCCCCUGAUGCAGAGGAUAUUGUUGCUGCCAAGAGUUUCUACAAAGGGUCACUUCUUCCACAUUCUCUUCACAGGACAGUUUCUCUACCAGUUGAUGCUAUUGAUGUAUAAAUCUAUAAGGUACUUUGGAUUCUUUUGUUAUCUCUACAUUCAUAGAGGCUGUAACAUUAACGAAUCCACCCUUUCUUGGCCAGGCAAUACCAGAUUCACCAAA